AUGGAGCCCAGCUGCAUGCAAGGCGACGCACACAAGCCCAACAGACGAGCUUCACCAGGGGUGGGCGGAACAGGGUUGAAGUGCCUUGACUCUGAUGCUGGCAGCAGCAAGGAACAGGAAGAUGAAGAAGAGGGAAUCGUGGUGAGUGUGAAACACUUGGUGCAGUCCGUUGGGGAGUUGGAAGAGCAGUUACAGGGGGUGGGUGCGAUGCACCGGGCACUUGAGAAGGAUUUGAGUGGACUGAGACAGUUGGAUGGGGCGAACGCAGGGGCAGCAGAGCGAGCGGGAGACGCUGUGCGAGCGACACGCUUGCCACAGUCCUUUCAGGAGGUGGACGAGCGGAUGGAGAAUAUUGAGAUGCUGCAGAGGGAUCCCCGUCCUGCAGUCCAGAUUGGCCCGAGUGAAGCAGAUCAACUCGAUAAGGAAAUCGGAGGAGGCGCAGAGAAAGCAAGAGCGGAGGAAAGUCCAGAAGUGCUACAGCUGCUAUCGCAUGCGGACAUGGUUCACUACUUGGACGUGACGAGUGGGUGGGAUGAGGAUCUGUGCGCGUGCUGCUUUGAGCGUGCUGUGAGCCAGCGAGCACGGCGAGCACUUGGCAUGAAGAACCUGGAGGACUUGCGUCGCCACCUGCGCAAGCAGCAGCCUCGUUCCAUCCCCGCAGCUACCCCGGAGCAGCAGCAGCACAACCAGGCCGCUUUUGAGUCCUCCGAAGGGACGUCGGUGCAGGAGCUACGGCGGGAGGGACACAGAAUAUACCCUCAGGCGCAGUGUGUGUCACAGCCAGGGAGGGCGCCUCGCCUCUGUGCGGAAGCCAUGCUGCUCGAGUGGAUGGCUGAGCCGCGUGUGGGCGUGCUCAUGGACCUGGGGAGGGCUCACUUGGUCUCGUAUUCGUCUGCCUGGCCAGAAAUUGUGGCUCAGCUGGGGGCGCGCAGGCAGAGGGAGGGGGACAAUUUCGCGUCUAUGCUGGUGCAGGUGCUGGGGGUGAAGGAGCGCGCUGAGUUGAAGGAAGGGUUUGGGUUAUUUGUGCAGCAUGUGCUGUCAGGCGGGCUGGAGAAGGCGCAUGCUGAGGGGAGGGGGGGAGCCGGGAGGGAGACUGCUGAGGAGGUGUAUGAGGAGGGGAGACAAGGAGAGAAAGUAGCAGGGAGCGAGAUAGAGAUUGAUAGUGUUGAUAGCAAGUGCGGGAGGGAUAGGAAGGACUUGAAGUGGAGGGAGCAUAUGAAGGGGCGUGUGUGGGAGAGGUAUGUGUAUGGCAUGGCUUCGAUUCUGGAGCAUGGAGGGGAGGAAGGGAAGGCAGCCACUGCAUGGCUUCGGCUCUACGGCUCAGAUUUCAUCUCCGCCAGGAGCUGCUUCAAGGACAGCCCGCAGGGCAAGGUCCUGCCCAUGCGCCACCCGCUUCGGGAUCUUCCGAGCCUGCUGGUCAGGUUCGGCGCUGUUCCCGAGCCUUUGGAUGGAAGCAGCCACCUUCCGGAGUGGGAGGAGUGGCCCGGGGGAGACGAAGCUGCUGUGAAGUUUCCUGACAACUCAAGUGGCAGAUGUUUUGGGCUGGGCACGGCGGAGGGCAGGCGGUGUCGCAGGAGCAGAGGGCACGCCGCAGCAGGAGCAGGCCCCAGCAAGGGUGUGUCGCUGGGGGUGGAAGCGCGUCCGAUGGUGCGGUGCAGGGGGGACGUGGAGGGCAUAGUGGACUUCGCCGCUGUGCUCUUCGUGCCACCCGCAUGCGCUCACUGCUGUCGCUGCAUCACCAUCUACACCUCGCACGUGCCCGUCAUUGCGUUCAUCGCCACCUACGCAUACCGCCCCGCUGCCGCCCUGGUGCACCGCUUCGCCUCUGUCUUCCCGCCGCACAUGCGCGAGUACCGCAACAUUUUUGAUGGCCUGCGGCUGCGUGCUCCGUAUGGCAGCGUGCGUGCGCUGCAGCAAGCGGUAGAGCAGGUGCCCAUCCUCUUCCUGCUCACCCUCGCCCUUCACCACUCCAAGGAUCUCCUGCCGCAAUGUGCGGCUGAUGGGGAGCAGAGUUCAGAGGCUGGUGGGGGCAGCAAUGGGGCGAAAGACAAGGCGGGCAGGAGGAGGGCGGGGAAACGCAAUAGUGGAGAAGGAGGAGAGGGCGGAGAGAGUGGGAGGGGCGAAGGUGAUUGCGGGGAUGUGUGGGAGGAGGUGCAGUCGUGGUUCGAGGUGGCAAUGCUGCCGGCUGCUGGUCCGGAGGCUGGCAGGUCUGCGUGCAGGGGCAGCGAGGCAAGGGAGUAUGGUACGCCCGCGCACGCAGAGAGGGUGAUGCAGGCGUCCGAGUGGUCUGCCGUGCCGCGGUUCUGUGAGGACAUGACGCACGUGGCCGGGCCUGUCCUUGCCCGUGCUAGUAUGUGCAGCAAGCGCAAGGGCAAGAAGGGGGAGGAGGCGGCCUACCUGAAGCCGUGGCCCGGGGGAGCGGAGGGUGGUGGUGUGAAGCUGAGGAGGUGCAGUGGGUGUGGCAAGGUGGCGUAUUGCAGCAGAGAGUGCCAAAAGGCGCACUGGCCCUCCCACAAGCUCACAUGCCCUGGCAGGGCCAGCGGCAAGAAGGGUGGGAAGGUGAGUGGAAGGGUGAGUGGCAAGGCGAGUGGCUGGAGGGAGAUACUGGAUGCAGCAGAGAGGUUUGCAUUCUUCUCUUGA